AUGGCACUGCUCUUCAGGGAUAUUGCGGGUGUGUCUGGCCAUGUCAACGACAGGAGGCCUGUGAUUCGCAUGCAAGAGCUAUGCUUCGACGGCGACUGGAUUCGCUGGGUACUAUCAUUCCAGAGCGGUCAGCCAACCCAAGGCUAUGUGAGUACGGGAGUGUUCAAAACCACGCUAAUAGGUCUCUCGAAUGGGGAAGCGGGACUGACUUUGGCCAACAGCCUUCUUGAAAACCGUCAGCUGCGGUACACAAUUAGGCCUACUGGACGACAGUCCCGCAAGCUUCUUCGGGGUGUUGACCAACAUGCGCAACCCGAGGAAGUAUAUCUCCAGGGAUCAACUCUGAGCCGACCCGCACCGCCAAGCACCAUGGUCAUGGGGAGACCAUCAGACUCGAUAACUAGCCGACAUCAUCCUCGAACAUCUCCUGCAAGAUUUGACGGCGCUCGACGCGCUGACGUUAACGGCUGGGCAGGUAAUUGUUUUGGGGAUAGAGGACAUUCUCACCGCGACGAGGGUAACACAACCAGGCCACGCGACCUGGUCAGACGGGUCCAGCCAUCCCACAAGUGGAUGUCACGGAAAUUCCCACCUGAAAAGGCCACACUGAAAAUGGUUGGUGGCAACCCAACCGAGUCCUAA